AUGGUCUCUGAAGAAAUCAGCAAGGGAAGUAUCACUCCCUUGGAAGCUUGCAGCACUGCUGGGGAAGCCUGGAAUUCUGCAGUAGCUGAAAGACAGCAUCAUGCCUUUCAUGCAUCAGUUGAAAUGAGCAUCAGCCCACUGGAUUCUGCAGAGGGAGCAGAGCUCAGCACACCUGCGGACUGUCUUUCUGCUCCAGGAGAAGCAGCAGAAAUGCCAGGCAGACCCUCAAAUCCUGUACAAAAAGUGCCAGCAGUACUGGAACAAGAGCAUGGUGAUGCAGAUCCUCAUAAGAGACUCUCAGAAUGGGAUGGAGAAAUGAUUUUAGAGGGUGGACUGGAUUGUUCAUUAAAACUUAAGCAAGGGGAACUGGCUGACCUGGAAAGCAACCAGGACUUUUCCUAUCUCAGCCCAAUCCAGGAUGGACCGGCUAAUGGCAGUGCCAUCCCACAGUCUGUGGACCUCAGCACUGAAUGUUCUCAUUCCCAUACAGAACUGGCUUUUCAUGUCUCAGAUCCUCAGGCCCAGUAUCAAAAAUCUCCUUUGGCUGAUAACAUUUCCUCUCAGAGAGAGGCACCUAAGUGCUUCUUGGUUUUUAAAACGAUUUCGGAGGGGCACUAUAAGGCUGAGCCAUCUCUGGAUAAGGUAGAAUCUUUGCAGGAGAUUGAUGCUAGUGCAGAGCAGAAGCAAAACAGCAAAAAGGUGGCACUGGCAAUUGAUGAAUGGCCUACCUUGGAGAUAACAGCAGAGGACAUGGCUAAACGUUGCACUUCUGAAGAUGGUAAGGAAAGAAGAAGAGUGCUCCAGAGUUGGGAAGAAAAUACAGAGUCUUGCUAUCAAUUGACUUCCACCUUAACAAAUGACAGCCAAAUAAGCUCACUACAAACAGGAGGAAACAUCUCAGCUUGUGAAAUAACUAGUAGCAAGCUGUUCAAAGACCAGCAGUCAGUAAUGAUUCCUAAGGAAAACCCAUCCACUUCUGAAUGCAUUCAUAUUGAAGAUGAUUGCAGAAAAACAGACAGCAGACCUACCUCUUCAGAACAAGAGAAGAAAGAGUGCAAAGACCAGAACAUGCAAGAAGAAGGAAAAUUUUUGAAGCCCAAAAAGCAAGAAAAAAAGGAACAAAAUGAACAGGAACAGCAACAACAGAGGGAAGAGCUCAGACUGAAGACACUGGCAUCAGCUCUCCUUUCAGAGACACUUUAUAUGCCCAGGCAUAAAGUGGACUUCUGUAGUUUGGAAAAUGUCUUCUUGGCUGAGCAAACUGGAACAGCACUUCCUGGGGAAUGUGAUUUCAUGAGAGAGCAUCUUGGUGAGAGUGUGCUGCUCAAAGCUCAAGUCACAGCAGUGAGUUCUAGAUGUCAGACACCUUUUGCCAGCCCUUUCCCAUCAGAGAGCCUGAACCUAAUGGGUGAAGUUCCAGUGGUGCCUCUGCACGUGUGCCGUAUCUCUGACCUGGAAGAGCUGGAAGACACUGUCCGCUUUUCCAUGACCAGUCAAAAUAGUGUAGAAGUUGACAGGGAUGACAACAUAAAGCUGGGUGGGAAGGGUGAGCACAGUAGUGAACCUGGAAAGGCUGCCCAGAUAUUUGACAAAGGAGAAGCUCCACACUGUGGAGGAGUGGCAGCACCUUCUAGCAUAGAGGGCCAUGAGGCUUCUGUUCAAGUAUAUUCCUCCACUGGUACUGAGAAGAUGGACCCAAAUGAUCCUGUGGAUUCUCAUCCCAUUGCAGAAAACUUACGAAAAGCUGAGUUUUGUGACUUUGUUUCAAAUUUACCCUUAAAGCUCACUUUUGUGGCUUCGAUGUCUGGCCCACAGCAAGAGGACGUUGGUGGAGGAGCCCUGGUGAACCCUAAGGACUGUCCUAGUUCCAGCUUGAAUAAGUUGUCAUACUCUAUAGAGAAGCAUGCUAACCAAGCUGUUUCUGUGUGCAUGCAGGAUUUGGCAUCAGUGGAAACUAUUGUUUUAACUGCUGAUCCAGAGGAGGGCAGUGGUUCCUAUGAACUGCUUGCUCCUGAGGAAGACUUUCAUGAAGACCUUAGUGUCUCAUCUUCUUUCUCUGUAGUAUAUACAAGCUCUCUUCCUGCAAAGAAGAGCCUUCCUGGAGACAGAGAAACACUGUUUUUUGUUACAGAGCCUCUGGAAUCAACUCAAACAUGGGUCAGGACUUCCACUACCUUGAACCAACCAGGAACAAUUCUUCAGUACCAAGAUCCACCAGAAGAAAGUGCCAUUAUGCAAGAAAAUGAAACUGGAACAAAUGUGUUUCACAAAGCACAACAGAUACCUUUAUUUGAUCAGUCUGACUGGAAUCCUGGAUCUAGAAUCUCAAGCAUCCUGAGCACCCUAACUUGGCCCCCUGAAGGAGAUACGGUCCUUGCUGUAAACCAGGGAGGACGACCUCUGUCUCCUAAGCCUAACACAAGCCUAACUCUGGUGUCUGAGCCUGAUGCCAAACACCUUCCUUCCCAUGUCCCAAGCCCUGUUCAAGCUCAGGCCCCUGCACCUAAUGCCAGUCACUGUGUCCAGGCUCUAGCUCAUGAGAGUCAUGAGACACUGACUCCUGUACCCAACUCCAAGCCACAUCUGAACUGUAAUAUGGACGAUCAUGACUUACUAGCCCUUACUAUAAGCCAUCCUUUAUGGACUGCUGCUAUUGUAUCUGAUGCUAACACUGCCAACUUUUCUCCUGAUAAAAGUCUUACAGACGAAGUUGUCUUUGUUCCAGCAACUAAAGAGCACAAUUUCUGUGACUUGGGUACCCGAGAUACAGAGACUUCUAAUGACUCAGGGGUCAGUUUGUUGGCCAAAGGCUUUUCUGCUGUUGGAAAUGAGGCAUUGGCCAGCUGUUCUGACACCAGCACUGAAACAGUGAUUCAGCAUGAGGGUAUACAGUGUGAAAAAUCCUCACCUGACCACCUUUCUUGGUCCUCAUUGGAAGAUUUGGGAACAUUCACAGACUCAGAGAGCAGAGACUCUGUACAGUCCCUUCCAAUGCUAGCAUUCACCAAUCCAAUUCACUUUCUCCAGCUAAGCCCUCCAUCACCACCAACUGCUCAAACAAUCUGCCAAGAAGAUGAGGUAUCAGGAGAGCUGCAGUGGGUGCAGCGGACAGACCUCUUUGAUGUGGACACAAAGAACAUCCGCGCUUCAACAAUUACAGAGAAAGCAAAAAGUGAGGGAAGAGUAAAACAAAGGCUAGAAGGACAAGAAAAAUACCGUUUGGUAUCUCAAUCAAAAGAAGUACCAAAACAUUUACCUUUGGAAAAAUCAUCAAGCUGGCCAGACAAAAAAACAAUUGGGGUAGUUGCAAAAGAGCCAAAAGCCAGUCAAGAAAGUCUGAGUAAGUGCAGAGUGAAAAGCAAGGACUGGCACCGUCAGGGCCUAAAAAGGAUAUCUGUACCACCAGACAUCUUUCAGGAAGUCUGUCCUGUUCAUUCAGAGGAAGAAGUACACAAGGUGCACAGGGAACCACCAGUCAAUUCAGAAACAGUUAUAUUGCGAGAAAAGAAACCUGCAGAUACAAUGGGGACCUUCAAACGUCGGCACUCCAAACUCAUCAACUCCUCAAAGUUGCUAUAUCAGGAGUACAGUGAUGUGGUUCUGAACAAGGCCAUUCAAAGCCAGAAGAGAGUGGAUUCUUUUACAGAGGAUGCAGAAUCGAGUUUGCCAAGCUCCCCGAGGCUACGAAGGAAAGUGUUGUCUCCCCAGGACUCAUAUUUGCAACGUCUGUCAGUGUCAUCAAACGCAUCCCUCUGGCAGGAUAUCCCCAUGAUCCGGGGCAGCAGAAUAUUACUCAAUAUGUCCCGUGAUGAGCAGAAGCUGCAAGAGGCCAAAUUUGAGUUGAUAAUGUCUGAGGCUUCCUAUCUGCGCAGUUUAAAUGUGGCAGUGGAUCACUUCCAGCGAUCAACAGAACUCCAGGCAAUUCUCAGCAAUCAGGAGCGUCAGUGGCUUUUCUCACGCCUUCAGGAUGUACGUGAUGUCAGUGCCAGUUUCCUUUUUGACUUGGAAGAGAAGUUUGAAGAGGACAUGUUCACCUUCCAUGUAUGUGAUGUGGCUCUGAAACAUGCUCCUGAGUUCCGCAGGGUCUAUCUACCGUAUGUAACAAACCAGACAUACCAGGAGCAAACCUUCCAGCGGUUACUGAGUGGAAAUGCAGGAUUUCAACAAGUCCUGGAAAGAUUGGAAAGUGAUCCAGUAUGCCAGCGCCUCUCACUUAAAUCCUUCCUCAUCCUCCCUUUCCAGCGCAUCACUCGACUUAAACUCCUCCUGCAGAAUAUCCUGAAGAGAACUCGGCCUGGGUCUGAGGAGGAAGUGCAAGCAACACAGGCCUAUGAUGCACUUGAAAAGCUCAUCAAGGACUGCAAUGAAAAUGUUCAACGCAUGAAAAGCACUGAAGAGUUGAUUUACCUCAGCCAGAAGAUAGAAUUUGAGUGCAAGAUAUUCCCACUCGUUUCACAGUCAAGGCGACUUGUGAAGUGUGGUGAAUUAACAGCACUGGACUUCAAUACUCCAAGUCCAAAAUGGAAAGUCACCACGCGUCCUAUCUACCUACAUCUCUUCAAUGACUGUCUGCUCCUAUCUCGGCCAAAGGAGGGUGGACGUUUUGUUGUGUUUGAUCAUGCUGCUUUCUCAGAUGUGCGUGGGGAAAAGUGUGAGAUGAAACUGCAUGGAACAAACAAAAAUGUUUUCCGUCUCUUUCUACUUCAGAAUUGCCAGGGAAAGAGAGUGGAGUUUCUAUUUCGCACAGAGACACACAGUGAGAAACUGAGGUGGAUCUCUGCUUUGGUUCCUCCACAAGGGGAAUUGGACCUCCUGGAAUGUCCUGAUGCACCACAGGUUCAAUGCAUAAGGAUGUACAAAGCUCGGGAAAAUGAUGAGCUAGCUUUGGAGAAAGCAGAUAUCAUCAUGGUUAUGCAAUACAGCAAUGAUGGAUGGAUGGAAGGAGUGAGACUUUCAGACAGGGAGAGGGGAUGGUUCCCCUCAGAACAUGUGGAGCUCAUCUCCAGCAAACAUGCACGGCAGAAGAACCUGAAAGAAGAACAACGUGUGAAGAAUGCCAAGCAGCAAGUCUUCUGCAGGAAAUAAUUCUACCUUUCUUGAACCUGUGCAGUCUCUCUGCUACAGAGAAACCAUCUUUUUUCUAUUGUUUCUAGGAAUAAGCACCUCUGCAAAGAGUGUAUUACAGAUGAAUCUUUUGCCAAAGAAAGUGGGAAUUCAACCGGGAAAAUAUAUUCACUUCCUUCCUGUCACCAGAAUCACAGCAGCAGAAGGGAAAAAUGUUGCAUGUAUUGCUUGCUUUGUGUUAGUAGGGAGUGACUUUAAUUGUACAGAGCAAUGGAAUCUGGAUUCCUGGAAAUGUAUUCUGAUUUUACCACUGGCAAGUUACUUCAGAAUUCUGCCUUAGUUUUCCUAUCUGUGAAAUGGGUUUAUACUUACCUACCUCACUGGAUGUUGUGAGGCUAAAUUGAUUAUUAUUAGCCUACUGAGAGCUUUGAGUUUCUGAGAAAGAAGGCGCUAAGCACAAAGCACAACAUAAGAUGAGGAAAAUUUUCCAUUUGAAUAUCCUCUUCAUGUCUUGAGAGUAUUGAUCUCCUUUCUAUAAUUUCUACUUGGAACAAUGGAUCUAUUUGAUCAUACACAUCUACUGUUUUCUUUUCUUUUUAAAAGGUACAGAUACAAUGAAGCGCUAAGUCUUAGCAUGCUAUAAAGAAUCCUCAGUAGCAUUAGAAUACACACUUGAGUUUUAGAAAGUUUUUGGAAGUCACUGUUAUGAUUUUCUGCACCUUAAGAAGUAUAAAGCUGAAUUACAGAAUUGUAGGAGCUGGAAGGAACCUCCAGAGAUCGAGUACAACUCCCCUGCAAAGCAGGUCCCCUACUGCCAGCUACACAGAUAGGUGUCCAGGGAGGUCUUGAAUAUCUCCAGAGAAGGAGAUUUCACAACCUCCCUGGACAGCUUGUUCCAGUGCUCCAUCACCCUUACCAUGAAGAAGGUCCUUUGCAUGCUAGUACGGAACUUCCUAUGCUCAAGUUUAUGGCUGUCCUGUCCCUACUGACUGCUGAAGAACCUGUUUCACAGCAGUCCCCCUCUUUCCUGAAUCAGAGUUCCACUAAGCCAUCUGAAAUGGCCCUGUUUUCUACUCUACCUCCCACUCAAAGUAGAACAGUUACUUUUUAUAAAGAUCUGACAUGUAGGUACAUGCACUGUACAAAAUAACCAUGUCUCUAGGCAUUUGGAAUGAAGUUGCAUUUUCCUGCUGUCCUAACUAUUACAGCUGAUAUGAUACUGCAUGCACCAUUUUGCACACUUGUGGUAGACACUGAGAUAUUUUGCCACUGUAGAUAAAGUCAAAAUAUGUGCCAGGGACUCUGUUGUAUUUGUAGAACUCUCCAGUUGUAAGUCCAGUUUACAUGUAGUCCUGCUUUUGUGCAGAACCUGUCUGAGCACAUGCCUUCAACUGUAAAAUAUUGUUGCUGCUGCAGUUAUGUUAAUACAACAUCACGUAUAUGAAUCAAUACACCAAAGAAAACUCUGUA